AUGGCCUCCCUCACCAUCGGACUGCCCAGAAUCCACGCCAGCCAAGGAAACAAGUGCGUCCCACCAACCAACGACUUCAUCAAGGGCACCUGGCACGUAACACACUCCAGCCUCCCACUGUGGAAAGGCAAACGCAACGUCAACAUCAGCUACGAGACCCUCCCCGCCGACUCAGCGGAGGUAAUCAAGAUCGACGACCUGGUGCGGUACCAAGCCAUCGGCUCCAACAAAAUCAAAUCUGUCCAUGGCAUCGACACCCCAACACCCGGUGACCCCGGCGCCUGGGACUGGCGCGGCAAGGGCUGGCUGAGAAUCGCAAGCUCGCACUGGGAAUGUCUGGGCUUCGGCCAUGUCGAUGACAACAACAACCAGUGGAUGGUGACGUAUUUUGCCAAGACUCUUUUCACGCCUGCGGGGAUCGAUAUUUAUUCUCGGGACCGGGAGGGCUUGCCUCGGGGUACGGUUGAUGAGAUUCUCCGUACGCUCAAGGAGUUCGGUGUCCACGAGAUUACUGAGCUUGCCAAUGGCAUCUUUCAGAUUCCGCAUGGCGAGUGA